UCAUCAUCAUUAUCAUCAUCAUCAUCAUCAUCAUCAUCAUCAUCAUCGGCUGUAGCCAGUAAUCGCUCAGCGUAAUCGCUCAGCGCCGUUUUCAUGCGCGGCCCUUUCAGUCUCGUCGUGUCUCUUCGUUUCUCUCACGGCGAUCUACCAACAUGACUCUCUCACUCUCUUUCUCUCUUUCUCUCUUUCUCUGUCUCUCUCUCUAUCUCUGAAUGAAAUAGUUAGAUCUCUCAGUGCCAACUAUCCCUCCGCACCCGUCGGAUUGCGUCUCCCGUUCGCGAAGAUCAUAUCUAUCUCGUAAGAAAUCAAAUUGGAAUCAAUGAAAAAACCACGAAGAAAGUUCGAUUUUUAACAUUAAGAGAACGUCAAAGUUAAUGCACAUUAUACAUUAACGUUCAAACUUUUUCAUCCUGCGUUUCGAAUUUAAUUUUAAUUUUAAGUAUGUAAACAUUCUCAGAUGCAAGCGAUUUUUUUAAUUUACCAAUGAAAAGAAGAAAACACAAUAUCGUCUAAUGCAAAUUUAAUUGAUCUAUUUAUAAAAGACUUGAAAGUGUCGUGUGUGUGACGACGUAGGUCGAUGCGACGUUAAAAUGUGGGAAGCUCGAGUGCGUUCCUCGUUGCGGAUAAAGAAAAAGUGUAUUCGGAGUGAAUCGGCUUGUAGCUGACUAUAACUUAAAUUUAUUCCAAAUGCCGGCUGAGUUGCGUUCAAGGGUUAGCAAUUGAAGAAGCAAGUGUAAGUGAGCAAUGUAAGGAGCCUCUGCUUCCGGAGAAGCAUAAUUCCAACAGGAUGACACCAACCGAUGGCCGAUCACGCGCAACUUCUGAAUCGAAUGCCACAGUUGGCACCAACACCAACACCACCAUCCCCAACAACAAUAACAACAACAGCAGUAAUGGUAGCGGGAAUGGUAAUAGCAAUGGCCCUAACAUGACCAAUUCGGUCACGGCCAAUUCCACCGGCCAUGAAGAGUGUAUGGAAGUGACGAUCUUCGAUGAGAAUUAUGAUAACAACCGUCUUCCUGAUGUCGUCGCUGAAAGUAAAAUCUACGGAGUGUUGGACGAGGAGGAGCCAACGGAAUCUUACUGUGCCAUAACCAUUCAAGUUUUCAUACCAUUCCUGAUAGCUGGCCUUGGCAUGGUUGGAGCAGGAUUGGUCCUCGAUUUGGUCCAACACUGGGUUGUGUUUGAUAAAGUGAACGAACUGAUGAUCCUGGUGCCAGCACUUUUAGGUCUAAAAGGUAAUUUAGAAAUGACUUUGGCGUCUCGUCUCUCUACACAAGCGAAUCUUGGACACAUGGACACGCCUAAACAACAGUGGUACAUGAUCGUUGGGAAUCUCGUUUUGAUACAAUGUCAAGCUAUAGUCGUUGGUUUUCUGGGCUCAGUCGUGGCAAUUGUUAUGGGUGCCUUCCGAAAUGGUACAGUUUCGUUGGAUCAUGCGUAUCUCUUAUGUGCUAGCAGCCUGGUAACAGCAUCCUUGGCUUCCUUCGUUCUCGGUUUGAUAACCGCUGGCGUCAUAGUCUUCUCACGUCACUGUCACAUCAAUCCUGACAAUGUAGCAACACCGAUAGCUGCUAGUCUUGGUGACAUCACGUCUUUAGCCCUUCUAUCGUGGAUCUCAACGAUCCUUUACGAAUCGAUCGAUAAACAGGAUUGGCUGGCACCACUCGUUAUUGCAUGCUACGUUCUUGUAACACCGCUUUGGGUUUGGAUUGCCAAAAGAAACAAAUAUACCAACGAUGUGCUCUAUUCUGGAUGGACACCUGUCAUGGUCGCCAUGUUGAUCAGCAGUUGCGGUGGUUUGAUUCUCGAGUUCAUGGUCUCACGCUUCGAAAAUCUCACGGUUUUUCAACCUGUGAUCAAUGGAGUUGGUGGAAAUCUUGUUGCUGUACAAGCUAGUAGAAUAUCAACGGCUCUUCACAAGCAAGCCGAACUUGGAACGCUUUUGAUACCACCAGGUCAAACUCAUCCUGUCAUUUUCAUUACACCAAUAGCUAAUUUCUUCGGCAAAGGUAUACAUGCAAGAACAACAAGAGUAUUGAUGUCUAUGGUGAUACCCGGUCACAUUAUUUUCAUUUAUCUAAUUAAUUACAUGAAAGACGGUAAUGCAUCGUUAACGCCUCUAUUCGUUUUCGUAUAUCUUUGCGCUGCUGUAUUACAAGUGGCUGCACUUUUGUAUAUCGCCUAUAUAAUGAUCCAUUGGAUGUGGAAAAGAAAAAUAGAUCCUGAUAAUUCGGCUAUACCUUAUUUAACUGCUAUGGGUGAUCUACUUGGCAUCAGUUUACUUGCGAUCGCCUUUCAAUUUUUAUAUCUCGUUGGUGAUCAGGAUUAUGGUGAUCAGAUGAAGCCCUGAACGUGAAAAAGAAAUUCAUCGGUCCAACAAUGGCGUAUAAAUAAUAAUAAUAAUAAUAAUAAUAAUAAUAAUAAUAAUAAUCAUAAUCAUAAUACAAAGAAUAAUAAUGCAUAAAUAAAUAAAUAAAAAACGCUCUUGCGAAGAGUAUGCUGGUACACGUGAAAAGAAGGCAUUUCAAAGUGGCUGUGGUCGUAUGAAAGUAUACCAUAUACUGAAUCAAUUAUUAUCGAUCUGCCAUUUCGUCGAAAGGCCUAGAAGAAAAGGACGAGCUAUGAAAUAUUUCACUCGAUGCUCUUUAGCUUUAUUUCUAAUUCGGAUAAGGAGAAGCAAAGAGAGGCAAUGCUGAGAUAUUCAGAUAUUCGACCAUUGUAGAAGUUUCGUUGAUCCUUUGAAGACAAAUUUCAAAGGGGAUUGGGAUUGUUAUUGAAAGAUACGAAGAUUAUAAAAAAUGCCUUAAUGAUCGAUCGAUCAAUCGAUUUCAUGUGGAUUAACGAACAAGUUACGCUACGUUUCGAUGCGCUUUGCUUCGAGCUACUACAUUAGACUAAAUUAGAUGACUUUUUAGAAUCUUUUUCGCACUAACGAACGGAUUUAGAGACCUAAUCGCGGAACGAAUAAAAAAAAAAAGGAAAAGAGAAAAGAAAAACAAAAAAAAUCGCUAGCUAAUGAUGAUCCUUAAGACAAAUUUUCUGUUGUAUGUAAAUAUUUAUAUCUAUGAUAUAUAUAUAUGUAUAUGUAUAUGUACAUUUAUAUAUUUAUCAUCUGGUUAGAAAAUUGUGUCGUACAAAAUUUUUAGAUUCCUUCAUGCUCGUAAAGGAUACUCAUUAAUUCGUCGGACUUUUUUUAAAUUCGUUUCCUUCAUUUUCCGCGACAAGACAAUUGUCAUUACCAAAGAAAGAAAGAUAGAAAGGUAGAAAGAUAUAAAAAAAAAAAAAAAAAAGAUUCCAACGCGUAUGUGUCUUCGACUAGUUGCCUUCGUAUACGAUGAGAAAUUACCUAGUUGUUGUUGAUUGUAGCUGGCCAGGUGACCUACUAUUUUUGGAAGCUUUAAAAAAGCUCACCAGUCAAAAGCACGAUCCAUUUUAGUAAUCUACACAUAGAUAAACACAAAAAUAACAUGUUCCGAUUAUUUUCGAUUAGACUGAAAAAGAAAAGAGAAAAAGCGAAAAAGAGAACAAACAAAAGAUCUACCAUCAUCAUGCUUUCUAAUCACAAAAGAGGUAGAGAUCUCUAACGUUAUUUAUCUUCGUAAUUAGAAGGUAAACUCGUGUGAUUUAGAGAGAGUAUACCUUCAGGAUCAUACGUAAUUAUAGUGUAGUACACAGAGUGAUAAUAAAAUUCGCGACGAAGCAGAGGUGCGGAGAAGGAAGGGAGAGAUCGUCGCGUAAGCUCGAUUUUAUUUUUGAAACUUCUCUUAACGAUUAAAAUAGACUCAUAUUUCGAGAUUUAAUAGAUAUCGUACAUCUAAUCGUUUAGAUGAGAGAAUUCGAAAAUGUAGAUCAUUCAUUUAACAUUCGACAUCAAACAUAUUGAUCUGUUUUAGAAAGAUCGGUGUCGUUGUUAGAGGGAGAGAAUUAGUAUUUUGAAAUUUAGGCAAGGAUGAACCUUUGCCUGUUUUGUUAGAUCGGUCUUUUAAAAUAUAAAAAGGAAAAAAGAGUGGAAAAGAGAGAGAGAGAGAGAGAGAGAGAGAGAGAGAGAGAGAGAGAGAGAGAGAGAGAGAGAAACAAAGAAAAAUAUGAAAAGAAAAAAAAGGAAAGGGGACUAGUAAAACUAGUGUAUCUCAUUAUUGUUUGUAAAUUAAUUUUUUUCUACAAUUCAUAAGUUCUUAUAAUGAACGCAACUCGCUCCGAUCGUUUUUACCAUUUUAGAAAGAUUUUCUCGUGUCGGAUCGAUUAGACAGCGUUAGAAUUAGAAUUCACACUCAGCGACAUUAACGUAAGCGCAACGUCUUGUACAGUGUAUGCUAUAUAGUAAUGAGUAUUUUGUAAAGAGAGAAGAGCUGUAUUAGAAACACGUGUACGUGAUGUGUAUAUAUAUGUGUGUGUGUAUGCGUGUGUAUAUAUAUAUGUAUAUACGCAUACAUAUAUAAGUAUUAGUGUGAGUAGAGGAAAAAUGAAAAAAAAAAAAAGAAAAAGAAAAAGAAAAAAGCAAAAACGAAGGCAAACUUUCACUUAUCUUCGAAUCAAUAUCGAUAACAUUCGUACGCAGUCGACCAUAACUACGAGAUUAGAAAUUUUCCCUUCAUCAUAAUAAAAUUUCUAAACGUUAAUGGGUGAAGCACUGCCUGCCAAAGCAAUUAUACCUGAUGGUUUUAAUUCGCACGAGUAAUGCUUCACUCUGUACAGCGUUACAUACGAAUGACAUAGCAUAUAUAUAUAUAUAUAUAUAUAUAUAUAUAUAUAUAUAUAUAUAUACACAAAUGGAUAAGACUAAUAUUUAGUCUUUCUGAAUAUGUAAUAAAAAUUCUAUCAAAUCACAAUUCGUGCUUAGUGCCAGAUCAUUCAGUAUUAUUCUUUAAUGCUAUCAAUGAUUUUGAUGAAUAUUUUUCAAGAUUCAUCUCGUGUCGUAUCUCAUCGAGAUAAAGAGAUAAAGAGAGAAAGAGAGAGGAAUAGUAAUUUUAAAAAGUCAUUACUUUUCACGAGAACAAUUUAGAUAUAUGAUUCUAAAUUGACGACACGAAUUAGAAAAAUAGUUUCAAGAAAUCGUUAAAAACAGAAAAAAGAACAAAAAAAGAAUAAAAGAAAAAAGAAAAUAAAAAGAAAAUAUCAAAGAAUAUUGUCAACGGUGUAUUAUAAUGUAGAGUUAUAGUGAGAUUAGAAGAGAAGCAAAGAAGAAGCACAAUUAAAUUUGGAUAUAAAAAAAAAAAAAAAGAAAAGAGAGAGAGGGCGAAAAGGGUGUAACAUAGAAAAUUUUCAUGUAAAAAAAAAAUAAGCAAAAGGAUUAAGAAAAAAAGAGGGCAUUGUUCGUUUUGCGUGAAUCCUUGCGGUAAUUCAAUGCCAAUUCACUUCCUCAAUGUGUGUGUGUGUGUGUAUGUGUGUACAUUCUUUAUAAAAGAAUUCAUUCAUAAAAAUAAUAGUCGACGUAUAUACAUAUAUAUAUAUAUAUACAUAUAUACAUAUAUAUAUAUAUAUACACAUGUACAUAUUUUUCUUAAGCACAUAAAAUAAAAGAAAAACUUGUGAAAUGAAGUAUAUAUAUCCUAUACGGGUCAUUCCAUGCGAAAUUGAUCAUGCGUCAAAAUAAGAUUUCUAAUUUUGUUCAAAAUCAAAUAUGCUAAAUAUACGAUGUACAGUUUUUUUUAUACAAAUAUUAAAAUACUGAAAUAUGCAAAAAGGAAAACAAAGAGAAAUGCAUAAUGUAGAACAGUCCACGUUUCUCUUUUCAAAAAUGAUAUCUUUUAAGCGGUACACUCGAUUGCAAUAAUCUGUUGUUUUUUUUUUUCUUGAAAAAGAUCAAAGUUCAACAAAAUAAAUAAGUAAGUAAAUAAAAGUGCAACGAACGUGAUUAAUGAACAAUAUUUUUGUUACUUUUUUUGUUUUACUUUUUAUUCACAUUGAUUAUAACAUAUUAGAUUUUGAAAGAAAAAUAGAGAGAAAUCUUAUUUGAAAAAAGGAAUGAUCGUAAAUGAUCCAUACGUAAAAGCAGACAAUAAAGACAUUCAAGAGAACAUGAACGAUAAGAAAUAUUUUGUGUAUCGAAGUCGAUUAAAAGAUAAUAUGAGAAAUCGAAAUUUCUUUAACACAGUCUGAUUUAGAUUUAGAUUUAGAAAGUGGAAAGACGAAGGAGAGUGAGAGAGAGAGAGAGAGAGAGAGAGAGAGAGAGAGAGAGAGAGCGAGAAAGAGAAAGUAAGAGAGAGAUAACAUAGAUAUUUGUCGUUUCAUUGCACUGUUAUUGAUCGCAAAACAAAAACAUGUAAUUAAUGCUGCUGACACGUAUAGUAGGAUCCGUAUUGCAAUUAAUAAACAAAUCUGACCUCAAUUGUUGAUAUAUUGCAUGCAACAUCUGUUUCGAGAAAUAAAUAAAUAAAGAAAUGCAAUGGACAAUAAUAUCAUUGUGAGAGGAAGAGAUAUUUUAUAUACAGCGUUGAAAGAGACAGAUAGACAGAUAGGAAGAGAGAAAGAGAAAGAGAGAGAGAGAGAGAGAUAAAUGGGAAAGAGAUAGAGAGAAAAAUAAAAAAUGCAAAAUUCUUCAUACAAUACAAAAUUGAUUUGUAUUUUUGCAAAAAAAAAAAAAAGCAACGAAAUAUGUUAUCCGAAAGAUAUAUGUUCCUCUCAUAAACUAGGUGCUCUUACAACGUGACGUCGAAUAAGAUUUCAAAUGUUUUUAUUAAUUUUUGAAAAUUUAAUUUUUUUUUUUUUCUUUUUAUCUAAUCUUGAUCGAUUUUUUUUUUAUAUAUAUUAUCCGCACGAAAGAGCUACUAUAUGAGAUAAAGUAGAUAGAUUAAUAUAAUUAGGAGGAUGGUGAUAUUUUGUAAAACAUGUAUAAUAAAAUCUGCAUAGGA